CAAGGACGACGGCGAAGGCGCAACAUAGCGCGCGCUUCGUUAUGCUCUUCUCGCGGGGUUGAAACUCGGCUCAGUUGGAUCGCGACACCCUCCGCCGAAGGGUCGAGCGCGACAGGGUUGUGACGGUAGAGUUUUACCGAUGAGUGUCGCGUUGUGGCUCUCGUAGACGUCCCUUAUUUUUGUUCUUUCGACAUCCGCGAGAAUAAAUAUAUCACGCGGGUAGUCGAAGAUAAUAUUGCAAAAUGUUUUAAUUAACUGCGUACGUAGAAGAAACAUUAAAGAUUCCUAAUUAAUUGAGAAACGACGAUUAUUUUAUAUUUCUGUUAAGAGACCCAAGAAACAUAACCAUUUUUUUUUACUGUAUGCAUAUGUAAAGUGCGCUUUCGCCGAAGUCGCGCGAUUUAAUGAUUGAUAAAUAUCGAUUUGAAAAAAAUCGGGAACAUUAAACUAUGAUUCCGAGCUCCGCUACAACUGAAGAGCUAUUCUGUCGAAGAGAUUAGAAAAUCUUGAAACGCGGGGUCGGUAGAUCGAUAUGCCGAUGAUCGAUUGCGCGCGCGACGAGUCGCUGCAGUAAGUAAAAGUAAACGUGAAUCGUCGUUUUAUCGGCACGUGCGUUGUGCUUCCACGACUGUCGGCGGAAUCGACAACCCAAGGUCGUCGUGGUGGCCGGUGACGGUGAGAGCAAGGUCGUCAGGGUCGCGGAAUCGCGAGGAGAAUGUGGAGGAAAGACGCGACCAGGCUGGCCAGACUGAUCGUCGUCGCCACGCUAAUUUCUCUGACCGCCGCCGGAAGCUGCAGCUCUGCGAAGCUCUGUUGCCAGGGCCGGGACUCGGGCUGCGUCAUUCAGAAGGAGUCGCCGAACGCGAUUAUCGAGAGCCCGCGCGACAAGCCGUGCUACUGCGACCACGCAUGUCUCAAGCUCGCCGAUUGCUGCGACGACUUCAAGGAGACCUGCGGUGUGGUCGACUGCGUGGUGAGCGAAUGGAGCCCGUGGUCUCUGUGCGAUAACGGAUGCGGAAGUGGCACUCAAAGGCGCAGCCGGGAGAUCGAGAUCGUGGAAAAGAACGGCGGAAAGCACUGUCCGCCGUUGGACCACUUGGACCAGGAGAGGACGUGCCACAGCUUCCACGAAUGUCACGCCGGGAUUCGCUCGCAGCAGCCGCAUGCCAAAAGUGUGACGCUCCUUGCGAUUUUUCCGGGCGACGGCAACACCACGGAUGUAAGGAUCAAGGAUAGGAUCGUCGAUAAAAGAGGCAGCUGCAUUCCUUUCACCAUUACGUGGAUCUCGCGGGGUUGCAGCAAGUUUUUGGAGUUACUUGGGAAAGGUUUGUCGAUUUGCGUGGAGCGUCCCGGUAACGAGAGUCUGGACAAAUACGUGGGAUACGGCAAGUGGAAGCUAUCGACCGAUAUUCUUGGUAGCGGCAAUCGGCACGGGCGAUCGACGAGUUCGAUCUGCCACGGAAGGUGGUACGGCGAUUCGCAGCUGGUGGACUGUCACGAUUCGCGAUGCGUUCGAAAAUCAACCCCGUACACGACCGCGCAAUGGUUCCGGCGCCGACGUCGCAGGGGCGCGAGCGGCAACGUCGUCGUCAGCAGUACGGACAGAGUCCUGAGGAGACGUAGGAGAGGCAGACGACGGAAGAGGAGUCGGAGAAGAAGGCGCGACGUCGUCGUCACGGAACGGUGAACGUUCCGCGGAGCACUGUCGCAGCUCCCGCGAGUGUCAUCGAUGUUAGAAUCCCUUUCCCUCUCACUCGCUCUUUCUCCUUAUCCAUUAUUAUGCGGGAUGUAUCGUAAGACGUUGAAGACACUUGAGGAACGGAUUCUUUGAGCAACUCGAUUCGAUAGAGAAAAGCCGGUUUUUCCAGGAAAAAUAUCGAGGCAUCGAUUUGAAAUUAUAAUUAAUUGAAGUCUGACACUACUUCGUAAAUUAAGCUUCAAAGCUAUGCAGGUAGAUGGCAAACGCAGAAGCGUUUACUUCUUAUUUAAGUUCAAGUUUACUUUAAUAGAAUUUUAAUUUGAGACUAUAUUCGAUUGCCGAGACAUUUAAUUUUAAGAAUAAGAUGGCGUUCAAUUAAAUUCUCGCUGUAGAAAAAUCCGCAUCGGAUUAGUCAAAGAAUCCGUUCUUAAAAUACAUGCAGACUUUAUGUAUCACGGAUACGUCCUGUAUACUUAAUUUAAUAUUACUACGGCGUGGUUUUGUUAUCUUUUAUAUUUAAUUCCCUCUUGCAUCGUUUACAUUAAUCUAUUCUUAUUUAUUUAGUUACCUUUGGACUUCAGAACUUUUCCUAUACGUUAAGUUUUUCUGCAGGAGGACUGAAGCUGUACAAUGAACAUGGAAUAAAAUCGACUCUAUUUGCUUUCGCUCUUUUUUUUCUCUUCUACUUUGGCUGAACGUGGCAAUCGUACGGACCCAUUGCCUAGAUUACCCCCGAUAAUUAUCAUAUCGAUUUUAUCAUUAGCGCAAGCUUGCAAAACGUCCGUAGGGAGACGAGUGAAUAUCUUAUUCCCUUUGGAAGGAAUCGCAAGAUAAUCGAUAUCGGCGACGUUAGAAUUAUGAUUUACGCAGAGAUUAUAAAUUUCAUAAAUUUACUGGAUGACGCGCUUGGGGGAAUAAGAAUGCCACGGAAACGAGUGUUGAUAAAAUAUGUACAUGUUGCAUUAAUUUGCCAUUUACCCUUUCCUCUCCUUUAUCUUUUCUUUCUCUUCAUCUAAUCUAAUAUAUUGUACGCGUUUGUCGGAUAGAUAUAAAGUAUAUUCAUAUAUAUUCGUAGCAAGCGGAUAAAAAGGAUUUUAUCAUUAUUAUAAUCAUAAAUAAUUGUAUUUUAUUAAUAACAUGACUAUCAUAAUAUCUUCCAUAAGAUAGAAAAUUUAUAAGAUCAGAGAUAUACUGCCUCGUGCAUAAUUUUCUUUAAUUAUAUUUUUGUGUUCCGUCUAUUAUAAAUAUUCUACAUACAAUAUUAGAUACAGAGUGUGUCUUAAAACUGUCACUCAUUUAUUACUCGCCGGAUACGCUCCGACAUUGAAAAAAGGGAUAUUUCUUUUAGAUUCCAACAUUCAUAAUAACGUUCAUUCCCUUUGCGAUGUUACCCUCUGUAAGCCUUGAAAAUAAUUUUCGAUGUUCCUAAGUGUAUAUAUAUUAUCCAACUUAUUACACACAUAUCGUAAGAUAUAAUAAAAUUUCCGUACAAUCCCGAUUUAGUUUUUAGUAUUUGCGGCUCUAAGUGCGUGGAAUCAUUAUUUCUCUUCAUGAGAAACAUAUCGGCGUGACGAGAGGAUAGACGCUCUCGAACUGAAAUGAACAAAAUGUAAAAGCACAGUCAAUAAAGAGCACUUGCACAUCUGGA